AUAUUUACAUCUCAAACGAUCAAACGUUCUAAAGAAGCUGGUUCAGAAUAUGGAUUAUCUGUACUAUUAAAUCCUCAGUUAUAUGAUUAUGCUUACAAACUUUUACCAAUACAGGGUUUCAAGAUAUUGGUGUAUUCAUCUCUUGAUUAUCCUAAUGCACUCAAUGGUGGAGUACGAGAAAUCUUCGUUCCACCGAAAGUAGAAAUGUUCUUAAAUUUAGACGCUGUCUCUUUUUAUUCUAUACCAGUAAGUUGAUUAUUAAUAAGAUCGAAAUUCUAAAUAAAUGGAUGGAUUUUUAUUUACAGGAUGUUAUAAAUUAUGAUAUAAAAGAAAGAGAUUGUUUAUUUAGCACGGAACAAUCACACACGUUCGGGGGAUAUUAUUCAUAUACGGAUUGUUUAUCUUAUUGUCGUACACGAGAUAUUAUUUCCUUUUGCAAAUGCGUUCCUUUCUUUUAUCCGGUUACUUCCGAUAUGGGUGAUAUAAGAAAAUGCAAUCUCAAAGAUCUAAUGUGUAUGAAAAAAUAUAAAGAGAGAUGGUUAAAUCUGAAGCCUAGAAACGAAAAACUGAUGGUACCAUUUCACAAUACGAAGAUUUCAGUAGAAUCUUGCUGCAUAACUUGCGAUUGUCUUCCAUCCUGUGAAGACAUUACGUAUACUGUAUCCACCAGCGAUAUUCCAUUAAAUAUUCCAUAUUUAACUUGGAAUAGGAAAAGAACUUAUAUCAAUAAUCACAGUUUAGUGCAUAUCUAUUUUGGAUCUCCUAGAACAACAAAAAUAAGACAAGAUAUGCUUUUCUAUUGGUAUGAACUAAUGAGUAAUUAUGGAGGUAUAUGUAGUUUAUUUUUGGGUCUUAGUAUAAUCAGUUUAAUCGAAAUGCUUUACUUUUGUAUAAUGCGUUGCAUCAAUUUUGUAUUUGAACCAUCAUCAGUGGAGUCAACUAAUUCAGAAGAUAAUGUUACUAUUAAAACGAUUGAUGUUGAACCUAAAGAAUCACAAACGGUGGUCUUGUAUUGGAAAGAAAUAAGCGGAAAAAUUUCUAAAGAAAUUAAUCUAACGUUUGUACCCCUAGAUGAAUGAACGAAUUUAACA